GUUGUAUGAGGAGCUGGGGCGCAGUCGACCGGCGGCCUCUGACGGGAAAGGGAAUUUAUAAGUGUUCUGGCCCCGUCAUCCAUUAUUCUUAUAUAUUGUUUUCUUUUGCUUUUGUUGCCUUUACGUACUGUGGGUGUGAACGAAAAGAAUCAGACGUCGAUGCAGUGAUCGAAAUUAGGAGGAAAGGAAAGAUUCUUGUAUGACCCCGAGGAGUUGAAAAUUUGAAGACAACCAAGAUGAAGACUCAUAAGAUACACCUGACCUUGUUGCUGGCUGUCGCUGUUUCUUUCGCCGUCACUUUUGUCCUGUCGAAUCCCGUCCCUCAGUCCGACCACAGUCAUCACCACCACCACCAUUCUACAGGAGCGGAGGAGGGCUAUGAAGAUGACGACUAUUACGAUUAUUAUUACGAGGAGGGAGGCGAGACCGAAACCGCCCCUCCUCCUGCUGGCGUAGUGGAAACGGGAGAUGGUGACCGCUCCCGCUCAACUGCUGCUGGAGAUGGUGUUGUUGGAGAUACAGCUCAGGGUCGGUCUGAGCAUCCUCCCCAUCACCACCAUCAUGAACAUGAGAUGACGAUGACCAAGAUGCCACUGGUGAAAGAUGACCGAGAAAUUCCAAUAGAUACAGAUGGAUUAGCAAAAGGCGUUGCAGAGUCAUCACAAGAUGUGGAGAUCCUACCAGUUCCGCUACCACUUAAAAGCCAAGGAGAGCAAAUUAUGGUUGAAGAAUCGGGGAGUUUACCAGAAAACAGUAUUGACCAGGUGCCUAAUUCUAUUCCCGUGGAAGCUGAGGGGCCAAGUGUACAAAUGAGUGAAAAUCAUGCAGAAGGCAGUCAACCUGCUGUGAUUCCAGGAGCACUGCCAGUUCUUAAAGGUGCAACUGAAAAUGAACCUGUAAUUCCUGACAGCAUUUUGGAAAGCGAAAUUCAUCCAGAACUAAGUGUUAACAGCAAUGAUGUCGUGCCAGAAGGGAAAUCUCUAGAAGAUCCAGAUAUUGAAAAUGAAGUAAACCAAAAAUUGCCUUCUAUCUCAGACACUUUAGAAAAACAAGAUGGUCAAGUUCUGGCAAAAGAUGAAAUUUCAAAUUCAGGGGAUGGGGCAAACCCAGUCAAAUCUUCUGGGAAUGUUGAUAUCCCAGCAGAUUCUGUGGCCCAGGCAGCGUUGGCAGUACCCCUUGUCGCGACUGAAAAUCAAGAAACUGUAAAUCCUAAAGCAAAUGAAGGAGCUGCAGAGGAUGUUAUGUUAGAAUUAGAAACACCAGAAAACUCCUUGGGAUCACUUGAUAUUGUUCUAGAGGCAGAACUUCCUUCUGGUAUAGAACCAUUGUUUCCGGCUGCUGCGAAUAUUUCACAGAAUGGAACUUCAAGUCCAGCAAUAGGAGACGCUGGUGUAGAAUUAGGCACUGUGAUAGGUAACAUAACAAAAACAGAAAAUCCAAUGAUCAUAUCGCCAAUAGCAAGGCUUCCAACACCUCCAGUUACUCAGCCCACACCUCCUUCACCAACACUUACAGAAAAAACACCUAUCUCCAGUGGUGUUUUAAAACUUGAUAAGAGUUGCGCACAACUGCCCGUAACUGGAAUGUGCAGAGGUGCGUUCCCUAUGUUUUAUUUUGACCCGAAGACGCUCCAGUGCAAGCAGUUUGUCUACGGAGGCUGCAGAGGCAAUGAGAACAUUCACAGAACAGCCGAGGAUUGUUACAAGAAGUGCUAUCCGGCGGGGAUGAAGAAGAGUGCAACAGAUAUAUCAACGAAGGUCUCUCAAAACGGCUACCUUACUAUCAGGAGCGGAACCGGCGCCUCUAUCCUAACCUUCACGGGCAAAGAAGCGGCGGCGAAGAUCGAUCCACCAGUCUUGACUGACUUUACCAUCUCUGGCGUCUACGCGUUCAAACUUCACUUCAGGACGGAUAGACCUCACGGUUUUAUUGCGUUCUUGCGUCAGGUUGAAGUCCCCGAAGAGGUCAAGGACAAGCGUAUACAACUACUCAUCUACCUGAAGAAGGGUCACUUAGGCGUCACUCACAUCUUCGACGGGAAGACCGAGACUUUCAUGAUGAGGAGAGGAGGAUUGCAAGGAGGAAACUGGCACUCGGCCUCGGUCAAGGUAGACUCCAGCAACGGAGAGUUGACGAUUAAUGUAGACGACCAACAGGAAUACUUUACCAUUGGAGCUUUGGGCCUUAGACCGCACUAUGGAGGGCGAACCUUGGGAGGAUUUCAGUCUGUGCUCUGGGUUGGAGGUGUAUUCGAUAAUGAGGUGAUCUCGGAGGAGAUGACCUUCGGAAUCGAGCCCUUCCACGGCUGCAUUCAACACCUGAGCCUCAGCAGUGGUCCUACUUCGGAGGAAAUGGUUGCGGUGAAGCCUUUGGUUGCCACGAGGCACACUGGAGUCAGAGAACAUUGCGCCAACAACUGCAAUGACAGGUUCAGGAACUUGUGCUCGCGAAAAUCCCACUGCGUGGAACAUUUCGAUCACAGCACCUGUGAUUGCUUCAACAGCGGCCAGGACGGACCUAAAUGCAAAAAUCCAGACAUUCCAGUUCUCUCCCUGAACGGGGACGGGCACGUGGUCCACCGACUGUACGAAUGGAUGGACCGGGUGCAUUCCUACACAAACCGCAUCUCCGUUGCCUUCAAGACUCGCUUCGCGGACUCGAUCCUCCUGUACGCGAGCGCGGAGCACCCGGAAAGGCAGUACAUCGCAGCCUCACUCACCCAGAGCGGCACCAUCUACGUCGAGGUCAACCUCGGAGCGGGAGCGGUCAGCGCCGAGAUCGGCGAAGGCAUGGACGCGGAAGUGUGGCACACGCUGAACAUCAUCCAUCAACACGAAAAGAUUGACCUCUACAUUGACAGCAGACAAUAUACAACCUUAAUUUUGCCAGGCGACAUCCAAUAUUUCCACCUCGACCCCGAUUUCUACGUAGGAAAUGCGCCACAUCUUUCUAGAGCUUGCGGCUUGCCCUUGGACACUGGUCGUUCAGACUCAGGCAGCAACGGCGGGAGCGGCCUAUCCUGUGGCAGCAAUAGUGGCUACCGAUAUCACUAUGACAAGAACACAGGGUCGUGUCUCCCUUUCAAUUACACAGGAUGCGGCGGUAAUGCCAACAUGUUCGACAAUGAACGGUCAUGCUUAGAGACGUGUUACACGCCAGGCCUGCGUUCAUUCAAUGCCUUCAUGGGCUGCAUGCAGAACGUUUUCUUCAACGACAUAAGCAUCCUGCAGUCACUGAAGGAAAAGAACAGAACCACAAGAUACGUCGGAUCGACGGAAGAGCCCUCUCUUGGGACCUCUUGUAAUGAUACGAAGUUCCUUUCGGUGACCUUCUCGACGGAGAGAGCAGCCAUGACCCUGAUGAAUCCUGAACCCAAUUUCCACUUGGCCCUCUCCUUCAGACCAACCAAGCCUAAGGGCGUCUUGGCCUCUGGGGAAGUAGAACUCCAGCAGUAUGAGUCUGUCGGCAAUUGGGAGAUUCGACAUGAUUCCCACCACGUUUAUUUCUAUAUACAUGACAACCUCCUGACUCUGAAAUCCGAAGCCAAAAUAAGGCUCGGGAACUGGCAAUACGUGGAGGUGCAGUACAAAUCAGGUCGGGUCAACAUGAUGGUCAAUAACAAAAAACAAGGAAAGGAAGGCCCCGGAAAACUCGUCUUCUCUCCUGAGGUGACCGUCGGCAAGAACGCUUUGGAGGAGUUCCCCGGAUUCAUUGGCUGCAUACGAAAACUAAUCAUCGGAAGUACGCAGUUGGACUUGAGGACGAUUGUCGGAACCCCAAUGGUUAACAAAGGUGUCACGUACGAUAAUUGCCAAGUAUUAGGACCUUGCGAGGGACCGCAGGCCUGCGAACAUGGUGGCAAAUGCUCCGUUGACGAAAACGAUGAAGUUCAGUGCGACUGCUCAGGCACCGGAUACUCGGGGAAGAGGUGCCACUUUUCGUUGUACAAGAAAUCCUGCGAGCAAUACCGACAGCUCGGCCUCAAAAGUUCCGGUGUCUACCGUAUUGACCUCGAUGGAAAUGGGCCGUUGCCACCCGCCUACGUCAAGUGCUCCUUCAAUUCACUGCUCAGGGAAACUUAUACAACUGUGGAACACAAUGUAGAGGAAGAAUAUGAGGUGCGAAGGCGUGGGAUCAAGGACUUCAAGCUGGACGUCCAGUACAGAGACUUCACGCCCGAGAUGCUGACCACUCUUGUUAGUCAAUCUAAAUCAUGCAGUCAGGAGGUUGAGUAUCAGUGCCGAAGGGCGCCUCUCAAGCUCUCAACCCAGACGUGGUUCUCCUCACCGGCGCAAAAGUUUUUGUCGAAUUUCGGUACAAAGGCACCAGGAGUUUGCAAAUGUAGAGAACGCAACAGCUGCGAGAGGCGCGACGUGGCCUGCAACUGUGACAUCAACGACGGCCUUCUGAGGAAGGACAAAGGCACCUUCACUGAUCCCGAGCAACUGCCCAUCACUUCGAUGGUCUUCCUGCAAGGGGAAGUUCAGAAGGUGGACUCCGAGGCUCACAUCACCCUCAAACCACUGACGUGUAUCUCAGAAGCCUCGACAGAACAGGCAGUGAGCUUCAUGGACUCUUCUAGUUACCUAGAGGUUCCUGCAUGGCGGGAAGGAAGCCUCUCCUUUUCCUUCCGAACGACCAGCGAGACGGCUGUUGUGGCCUACCAACCAGCCUACCAUCCGCGUCACGCCACCUUCAUGAUCUCUCUCGUUGGAGGUAAGGAGCUAGAGUUCAUGUACCGCUACCAAGGGGAAGCUCACUAUAAGACCCUUCGCAGCCUGAAGCCUCUGAAUGAUGGUGAGUGGCAGCACGUCCUGGUUGAUGUCUACAACCAUCAGCUGCGAUUCGUCAUCAACUCGGAGGAGGAAAUAAUUGCGGUGGAUCCCAACGCUUACCUGGGAGUUCUCGAUGGUUCUAUGUUCCUAGGAGGCAUUCCAGAGCAAUUCCGAGGAGAGGAAAAACAUUCGCAGCACGUGAAGCUGGAGGGUCUGGUUGGCUGCAUCAAAGGUCUAGCUCUGAAUGGGGACAAGGUCAGCUUGGAGAGACUCUUCAGGGCCUCGUCCCACGGCGUGUCCCUAGGAUGUAAUCCUGCUUGCGACCUCAAUCCUUGCCAGAACGGGGCACGAUGCGUCGAAAUGUGGGGGUCAUAUAAAUGCGAGUGUGCCAAUGCCUUCGCUCACUCGGGGAAGAACUGUGAGAUAAACAUCAACACAGAGAGCCUCACUUUCAUGACGGAGGAGUCGAAGUACAAGUACUUCGACAACGACACCGUCCACCGAGGGGAGAAACUCUUCAACGAGACCUUUUAUCUCAACUUCCGGACGCACGAGGAAAAGGGUCUUCUGAUAUUUGCCUACAACUACUUACAUAACUUCGCACAGCUGCAUCUGGCCAGACCUAACGAGGUCGUCUUCCUCUUCAACUACGGCAGAGAGGUGAAGAAGAUGUCGGUGGUAGCCAACGAUGGUGUUGUCUUCAAUAAGGGUCAGUCGGUGCAGGUGAAAGUCCUUCGUACGAACACUUCGACUAGCCUUCACGUCUUCACCGAAGGGAAUUACUUCAAGGAGUCACUGAAGGUGGGCUUUUCCCUCCUCCAAGAGGACGACUAUGAACAAUUCCCCUUCGGGGACAGCCAGCCACUGCCCGAAAUGGUCUACUACCCGCAUUCUAUGACGAAACCGAGACCAUUCUUAUUGGUUUACCUGGGGUCAGCUAACGACAGACAGCAUGACAUCCGAAGUACCAUACCCGGAUUUAGAGGCUGCAUCCGAGGAGUCAAGAUCGGAGAUACUCUGAUGCCACUUAGGAAGAUGCUGGCUACCUCUGCUUACUCCACCGAAGGAAUAGCCCCUGAGUGCAAAAUGGCAUGCGACACGAAGCCUUGUCUCAAUGGAGGCAAAUGCACGGAGGAUUUCCAGUUCUUCAGCAAUUUCCACUGCGAAUGCAAGGACACGUCUUAUACAGGAGCUACCUGUGAUUCAGAAAUCGCCUAUACAUUCAGCGGGAACGAGUGGAUUAAGCAAGACACGUCAUAUUCACCGCUAGAUGGCGACUUCACAUUAGAACUGGCGUUUUCCACUUCAGAGCGACUCCUUGAACCUCAGGCUGUGGCUCUUUUGAGGUCCACGAAUCCAAGUUCAGUACAUGAUUACGUGUUGAUAUGGAUUGGCGCAGAUGGUUCUAUCGUGGUUGAAGCUCAGCUGCAGGAUAUCGACGAAGACAAAAUCCACGGCGCUAAAGUACGACCUUCGGAGCACAGCAUCAACGCUUUUGACGGGCAGCGCCAUUACAUUCUGGUUCAGAAGAAAGGCAGACGGUUGACAACUAAGAUUGACAAGAAAGAAAGAGAAGUUGGGCCUAUGAAAAGUGUGUAUGUCAGCGAAACUCCGGUGAAAGCCACUCCCACUUCGUUGUACUUAGGAGGCAUAGAAAGUGCCAUAGACGACCGAAUGAUGCAAUACAAAGGCUUCCAUGGCUGCAUCUCAAACGUGAGGAUAAGCACCCCAAAGGACGAGUACCAUCCCCUCCGGCAAUACAGUGACGGGGACCUCCACCUGGAGAAGAAGGGCAUUCCCAAACAAGGGCAAUGCGCUGGCUUCGGGCUCGCAGGCCUUUCUUUCCCAAUGCUGGUGGCUCAGGCUCUCACCAUGGGUGCCUCUGCUGUCAAGGGCUCCGACUGGGUAUACACACGACCCGAGAAGAUACCAAUGACGUCAGUUUCCUAUGUCAAAGGUCAUCCAGAGAGGGACACAGUCUUCGAUAAUGUUGUACCAACUGUUGCCGGUAUAGUUUUGGGCGCCUCAUUAAUCAUUGUGGCGCUCUUACUCCUGAAGCAAUACAUGAAGAGGAAGAAAGAAGGAAACAAAGAGAAGAAGGAGGAGGAAGAAAAGAAGCCUCUCUUCAAUGGCAGGAAUGCGAAAAUCUCCUACGAACCGAGAAAGAAUACUAUGGUAAUUACUUCUGAUAACCAGGAAUCGGUUCCAUUAAAAUCUGCACCUGAUGGCAUUCCUCUGACGUCAUAUUCUGUUGUAAAAGAAGAGAUCCAUCAGAACGAGAAACCAGCUGCUGCCCCGUUGGAAGCGCCCCUGUCAGAAAUCGAACCAGCUGAGCAAGAGCCUCAUAAGGGCCAGGAUGAUGUUCCUGAGGUCUCUACUACUUCUUCAGAUGAGAAAGUCUCCCACGAGGAUGAUGUCGACGUAGAUAUCAAGGAAGAAGUCCAAGUGCACAGCGAUGCAGGAGGAGACAGCGACGAAGUGCAGGUUCGUAGAAAGGGCAACACUGAAGAAGGAGAGACUGGAGGUCGACCUCUCUCCUGGGACAAAUCCACUGACAAUUUACCCCUAAUCAUCGGCCAGGAAGAAAAAGUAAUCAGACCUACAUCAUAUGUGGACACAUCAUCAGAGAGUAGCAUCGAAUGUACCAUCGACAUAAAUGUCACUCCACCCAGGAGCCCUUCGACCUCUCCCAAGCCGGUACUUGAUGUCAGUGGCGAAGUUGCCACAGCUGCGCCCACAUCGAAUGACAAUAACACUGAUACUGUCCAGGAUGACUCAGACCCAGAACCUGUAUUGAAGAAAUAUGUUAUCAUAGGAGCAGAAGAAGAUGAUGCAAGAGUGCAAUCAGAACAACCACAACCUUCUGAACACAGACUCGAUGUAGACCAGGUGGCUCAUGACCCAGAACCAGAGAACGAUGAUUCAAAACAGCAGGAAGACAGACACCUGGACAUUGAUACCAACACUGCCCCAGUGGUACCAGCAGUAGACGCAGGAGCCCAGUCAGAACAACCAGAAACCUCUGAGGAGAUAGUACAUGAAGGAGAACCAGCUGCUGGAGAUUUAAAACAAGAGGAAGACAGUAAGGUGGAAAUUGAUUUCAGCUCAGUUCCGGUGAUAAAGAUAGAAAGAAGCCAGAGCGAAGCAGAUGUCAUUGUAGAUGACGAUGUUGAUGAUGACGCAGUUCCAGUCACAGAAAACGGAGACACUGAAGAAAGUGCAGAAUCAGUUGCUGCUGCUCUGAAAAUUGGAAACACAGAAGCAAUAGUAGAGUCUGGGCCUAAAUCAGAAGCUGAGGAGGUCACGUCGAAGGCUGAGAUAGAGGAAGAAGAAUCAGCAUCCCCCGACAGUGAGGUAAGCGACGGCACUGACAACACACCGCCAGCGAAGGGAAAGAAAGAAGCUGAAGAUGUCGAUUUCAUCGAAUAUCGAGAUGACAGCGUCCAGGUGCAGGACGCCCAGAGGAUGUCAAAGACAAUGGCAGAACUAGAGGCACCGUCAGUCAUUGCUUGUGAUGACAGUUCUGUGGAGCUAGACGCGGCUACAAAACCAGAACCAAAAACUCAAUCAACUGGUAAUGUUGGAAGUGCGUCGACAGGGCUAGUUCUAGAACAAGAAACGGAAACGAAAACGGGAUCUAAAGAAAACGUACUGCUUUCUGUAACUGAAAAAGAAAACGAUGCUGAGGGACGGGAAACUUUAUUACAAAAUAGUGAGAGGGAGAGAAAUUUGCUAUUGAAGAAUGAAGAAAAUACAUUACUAUCAGAAGAAGAGACAUCCAGUGAAGUGAAUAAAGAUAUAGAUACAGAUGUGAAAGAAUGUGGUCUUGAAGGAAAAGAAGUAGCGGUACACACCAGUGAGAAACAAGGCCUCAAGGAUCAGCAGAUUACUGACGAACUUACAGAUGCUAACAAAAGAACAAGCCAAAAUUUUACAGAAGACGAACUUGAUUUGUUAAAGCAGUGGUCUGCAAAGCAGAGAAGUCGCAGUGAAGGAGACGCAAGCCUUUACAAAGUGUCCUUUAGCAGCGACGACGCUGAUGACGAUCCCACUUAUCACACCUAUAUAAAUUAUGCUUUAGACGACAGUGACGUCAUGCAAGAUCUGACUGAUCCCCCCCAUCUGGCAGGUCCCCUGAUUCAUCAUGAGGAUGCUGCACACCUUGCUCCGAUACAAGAAUCUGACGAAACAGACGAGGAUGAUCUAGACAGUGACAAGAAGAUUUCUAUGCCAUCACUCUUAAAGUCAAACCUUUCUGCUGGAAUGUUAAAUCUUAAUGCUAUAUCGUCGGACAGCAGGGAAGAACUGGAUGUAACCACAGUAGGAAAAGGAGAGGGUGAAAAAAGCGAGGAACCAUCAAAUGAGGACACUGAAAUAAGGAGAGAAAUCUCCACUGGUGAUGAACGAGAACCUUUACAUGAGUCGGCACAACUAAUCAAAGAUGAACAAACACGACAGCCAACAAUGAAGGAUGGAAGAGAAGCAGAAGAAAUGAUCCCGAUUGAUAGCCUAAAUGAAGAGAAACUGCUGAUUGUUGAAAAUGGCACAAUACUGCCAUCUAACGAAGAAGAUAAAAUAGAACAACUACUGAUUGUCGAAGGCAAUACAGAACUGCCACCUAAAGAUGUAGAGCAACUGCUGAUUGUUGAAGAUCACACAGACAUUCUACCUAAAGGUGAAGAGAAAGCAGAGCAACUACUGAUUGUAGAAGGCGACACAGAACUGACAUCCAAAGAUGAUGAAGACCAAGAGGAGCGCCAACCAGGCGAAGAAGGUCUGCCACUCAAGACUGAAAUUGAGGUAGAUCGACCAAUUGGGAAGGACAGUGAAGAAAACCCGGUCAAACCAGGUGAAGAAGGUCAGCCAAGUGGGGCUUCAGCCACAGACAGAGAGAUAGAUGGUCGGCUUAAAAAGGGAAGAAUCACCAAAGGAAAGAAAGACAGUCCAAUAUUUCUUUCCGAAAAUCUUCGAACAUUCAGCAACCCCAUCAGCUACCUCGGUGGACCAACAAUCGAGUAUGAUGAAGAUACUAGAGAAGGCCGAACAAGACAAGACAGCUUAACUUCAUUAACAUCACUUGACUGAUAGGCAACAAUUCAGCCGUUAACCGGCGUUUCUAACUCAUGUCUCCCCACAGAUGUUCUAAGCAAUUACAUGAACAUACGAUGCAUUGACAUGGUACAAAAUUUUCUUAAUUUCUUUAGUGAAUUUGUAUUUCCCAGACGUGAGGAUGUUGCAAAUGUGGGAAAAUAAAGGUUGACUAUGGUUAUAGAUUUAAUUUAGUAACAGGCUUUUAGCUCAAAAUAUGCUGUCAGUAGUGGAAGUAUAUUUAAAUUAAUAAUUAAGGUUCUUGGUAAUUGUGGACUUAUGCCUUAUCACCUAAAUAUAAAGUGAGGCUUUGAAGAGUCUGAGAAUUUUAGUCAGUAUUGUCAAGGAAAUGUAUGUAUAUUGUUAUUAAUUCUAUGUAAAUAGUAUAAUGCUUGUGCAUUGUGACGCGAGUCUAUUAAAAUCUAUACUGAAA